UUUAAUUCAAAAAAAUGGCAUUAGCAGAUAUUCUUGAAUGUACAAUUGAUUUUGAAGGUCAAAAGAAAACAGAACAAUUAUUGCGUUAUUUUUUAUUUGCAUCUGCCUUUACGAGUUUUACCGUAGGCUAUUGUAUGAGUUCUAUACAACUCCUUAUGAUUGUAUUUUGCAUUGGUCUCAUAUUAACUGCAUUGGUGAUUAUUCCUCCUUGGCCAGCAUAUAAUAAGCAUCCUCAGCCAUUCAUCAAAUUAAAAGAAGAGGAAAAGAAAGAUUAAAUUAUAAUUUUAUUACAAUCAGAAUAAUUAUAAAAAUUUAAAAUAUUCUUUAAUAA